CCCCCUCCACACGAGCUGUGGCGGAGCGUGGUGCGAUCGAUUUGUGGAAGGGCGGCCGGUGACGAGAUGCAGGUCUCGAGUGUGAAUGACGUGAAGAUUUACAACCUGAGUUAUGGCAAGUCGCUGCCGGAGUGGCUUUCAGAUAGAAAAAAGAGAAGCUUACAGAAGAAUGAUGUUGAUAUACGUCGAAGAAUUGAACUUAUACAAGAUUUUGAGAUGCCUACAAUUAGUACAACCAUUAAAGUUUCAAGAGAUGGCCAGUAUAUCAUUGCAACUGUUUAUCUUUGCAGGCACAUACAAACCAAGGGUUCGAUGUUAUGACACAUACCAGUUAUCCAUGAAGUUUGAACGAUGUCUUGAUUCAGAAGUUGUAACAUUUGAAAUUUUAUCAGAUGACUAUUCAAAGAUAGUAUUCCUGCAGUGUGACCGUUAUGUGGAGUUUCAUUCACAGCAUGGCCGUUACUAUAGGACACGUAUCCCUAAAUUUGGUAGAGACUUCUCUUAUCAUUAUCCAUCAUGUGAUCUCUAUUUUGUAGGAGCAAGUUCUGAAGUCUACAGAUUGAAUUUGGAACAGGGGAGAUUCCUAAAUUCCCUACAGACAGAUGCCUCACAAAGCAACGUUUGUGAUAUUAACCCUGCACACUGCCUAUUUGCUACUGGAACAGCUGAGGGUAAAGUGGAAUGUUGGGAUCCACGUGCAAGAAACAGAGUGGGAAUUCUUGACUGUGCGCUGAGCAGCAUGACAACAGAUACUGAAAUUGACGGUUUGCCUUCUAUUUCUGCUCUGAAGUUUAAAGGAGCAUUGCAUAUGGUUGUUGGCACUACAACAGGACAAGUUUUGUUAUAUGAUCUUCGUUCAAGUUCCCCAGUGAUUGUCAAAGACCAUCAUUACGGACUGCCAAUUAAAUCGAUUGAAUUCCAGGAGCAGUUAGAUUUGAUCAUUUCGGCAGAUUCCAGGAUUGUGAAAAUGUGGAAUCAGAAUACGGGGAAAAUGUUCACCUCGAUUGAAACCGAGCAUGAAAUCAAUGAUCUGUGCCUUUAUCCUAACUCGGGACUCUUUUUCCUAGCCAAUGAGUCACCUAAAAUGAAUACAUUCUAUGUUCCAACUUUGGGACCUGCACCACGCUGGUGUUCAUUCCUGGAUAAUUUAACAGAGGAACUUGAAGAAAACCCAGAAACUACAGUGUAUGAUGACUAUAAAUUUGUCACCAAAAAGGAUUUAGAAAAUCUAGGUCUUGCUCAUCUUAUUGGCUCUCCACUGCUUCGAGCAUACAUGCAUGGUUUCUUUAUGGAUAUCCGACUGUAUCACAAGGCGAAAGCUAUGACAAAUCCAUUUGCCUAUGAGGAAUAUCGAAAAGAAAAAAUUAGACAGAAAAUAGAGGAAACACGUGCUCUAAGAGUCCAAAUAAAGAAACUGCCAAAAGUAAACAAAGAACUAGCAAUGAAGUUUAUGGAAGAAGAGGAAGCAGAAGAGCAAGUACCAAGGAAAAAGAAAGGAAAGAGUCUACCCAAUAUUCUACGAGAUGAGCGCUUCAAGGUCAUGUUUGAAAAUCCAGAUUUCCAAGUUGAUGAAGCCAGCGAAGAAUUCAGACUCAUAAAUCCCAUUGUCUCCAAAGCCUCAGAGAAAAGAAAGAAAAAACUUAAGCAACUGCAAGAGCACCGACAGGCUGAACAGGUGGAAGAGGAGUUGGAAGGAAAACCAAGUGAUGCCGAGAGCUCUGAAAGCUCGGAUGAUGAUCGUGGAUGGGUUGAAGAAGUCCAAAAACAGCACAAACUCCUGCGCAGAGAACAGAAACUGAGACUGAUGGAAAGCAGGCAGCAAAUUCUUUCAAAACCAAAGUUCUUUGAGAUUAAAACUGGAGAAGAGUUCAAAAGCUUUAAAAAUGCAGCCCAAAAACACAAGCUGCUCAAAACAUCACUUGAAGAUCGUUUGAAACAUGAAGAAAAGACUGGAACACUUCAUCUAUCUGAUACCACUGUAGGCAGUAAACAGUUAACAUUCACACUUAAAAAGUCGGAACAACAAAAGAAGCGACAAGAAGCUGAAAAGCAGCAUCAUGAAGAAAGAAGACGACUCAGGCGUUCUGCAGGACAUCUCAGAGGCAAAGCAAUGAAAAGGAACUCAUUCUUCUAAAUCAAGAAUUCUCCAGUUCCUGUUUGACUUCCUAAGUGAAUAAGUAGGAGCGAAGUAAUUCCAAAACACUGGUGCUGGCACCAUCAGUAAUAAGUGAAGCAAAAAUAAAAUCCACUUACAGUUGCUCCAGACAGGAACUCUUGCUAUCUGCUUCUUCAGAUUAGAUGAUCAAGAAGAAUUUAAGAUGCAAGACUGAAGAUUUCUAUUUGUGAAUAACAUUCUCUAUUAAAGACCUAAAUAAUUUGUAUUUAUAAAUAGAAGAUUUUUAAAAUUAUAAAAUAUUGUUCAUAUUGA